AUGUCUCGUCUUCUUGCGUGUAUAACAUUUUUUGUCCUGAUUUUUGGAUCAGCUGUUACCGGAGAGUCCAACAACUGCUCAAAAGGAGCAAAUUACUUCUUUCCAUGCAUAAAUUAUGUAGGCGGAUUUUCACCUAAACCAGCUAAAGAUUGUUGCAGUGGCCUUGAAGAACUCAAUAAAAUGGCAAAGGAAAAGGAGGGUCCUGAAAACAUAUGUCAGUGCAUUGAAGACAUGGCUUAUGUAACGAACGUCCCAUUCAUUGCUUCUCGCGUCCAGUCUCUUCCUGAAGACUGUCAUAUUCACUUAAGCUUCCCAAUUUCUAUUAGCAUGAAUUGUUCCAGGGUUUGA